AUGUCUGCUGUCCGUUCUUUCCAACGUUCCGCUUUGAAGAGAGCUUUGGGUAUUAGAACCUACGCUACUGAGCCAACCUUGAAGGCUCGUUUGGCCGAGAUCUUGCCUGAGAAGGCCGAAGAGGUCAAGCAAUUGAAGAAGGAAUAUGGUAAAACCGUAUGUAUCAAUUUCCCCGAGGUUGAAGUCGAUAUACCCAUUGGCAUGUGA